GAGAGGGACGUGAGAGCAGUCCGGUUUGCCAAUGCUGUGCACACUCUCGAUAGGUUUCCGUGUGUGGAUGAUGAAGGGCAGUGGCAAUCUAAAACAGCGCUCAUUUCUAACUAAUUUUGACUUGAUAUGUUUGAAUGCAACAAAGUGAAAAGUUGACUGAAGAACAACAACACAGCAGAAGGUCUGAGAAGCACAACAGAGGGACUUCCUGAAGGCGAAUAGAACAGAGGAAAACUGUUUAAAAAAAAGAGAGAGUGAAUAAGACAUACUGAAGGAAACUCAGGCGUGAAGAAUCCGGUCACAUAAAGAAGAACGUGGCCAAGCAUGAGAGAGAAGGAGCAGUCUAAUGUGGACCAUGCUGAGGAAGGAGUGGUUUCCAGAGAGGAGAAAACAGGAAGACUGCUUUCUAAUGCCUGUCCUGUUGUUGUAGCAACACCAGGGGUCAUCGGGCGUAAACGGCAGAUGGGAUGCCAUACUGAGAAUCACCUCACCAGAGAUGGUCCCAUCACAUCAGCAGAUGAUGGCAAGGUCAAACCAGGGGAGGAAAUCCAGAUCUACACCCCGGCCAUAACCAAAAGACUCAAGAGGAGUCCUCAGCAUCGGCCCUCCUCAGACUCGUCCCUUUCUCCGGUCCGGGGUCCUAGUCCUGGGGGUCUCUCUGUCCUUGAGGACUCACAUGCCCAGCGGGUCAUUGCCAACAUCCGUGAGCGCCAGCGGACACAAUCUCUGAAUGAAGCUUUCGCUUCAUUGCGAAAGAUAAUCCCAACUCUCCCCUCUGACAAACUGAGCAAAAUCCAGACCCUUAAAUUGGCGUCACGCUACAUUGACUUUCUGUACCAGGUCCUACAGAGUGACGAGAUGGACAUGAAGCUUGCUGGAUGUAACUAUCUGGCCCAUGAGAGACUGAGCUAUGCCUUUUCUGUUUGGAGGAUGGAGGGGGCCUGGUCCACCAUGUCUGCUGGUCACUAGCCCCUUCCAAAAGUCCUUAAUUUUUGUGAUGAAUUCCUUGUGACGGGAAAAUAUUCUUAAUUACAUGGAGGGCUGAGGAGACAUCUAAACUAUGUCAACUUUAUGGAACUCUAUGACCACUUCCUCUGAGAUCAUCUGUUUGACUCAAUGGAAAGAAUUCCUUACCCUUUAUGAGAGACACAACAUCUUUGAACAGUGGUGGCUCAAAGGUCAGAGGUGACUUUUAAGUCACCACUGUUCAUGGACAUGUAGUUUUCAUUGUGGUCAAGCCACAUAUAAAAUGUAACUGUGGAUUACUGUCACUAUCCAUUGUUUUGCUUUGCUAAAAGCAGCGAUUACUGCCGGUGGGUGCCCUGGACUGAAAUGAUUACAGAUAACUUUUCAUGGAAUAUUCCUUACAAGGUGUGUAUUACGUUUACAACGAUUAAGUUGGAGGACAAGACAGGUAAUGUCCUAAGAUUUGCCUCCACACAACAGCAUGGCUCAUUCUGCUGGUCCUCUCACCCCUCAACUUCUGAAGCUUUACACCUGGUUUCAUCUUUGAUGUCAUCACCAAGAACAGCAUUAUCAUCACAAAAACCAUGAGAUAUGCAUACUAUGAGCCACAUUUUAUAUUUUUCUGUCUGGAGAUGUAUAAAGGUUUCCUUUACUUGUUUUAUAAUACAUAAAGUACACCAGCUAUAGAAUGCAAAGAAGGAAGUCAGAACUGGAAAGACAAAAAUUGAAAGCUUCAAGAGAUAUUGGACCUUUGACUUUUCUGUACCCUUUCAACUCCUAUUUUUCCAAGACUCAUUUUACAAAUCCUGACCACCUCCAAACCCAAGCAACAGUGGAAAAAGUAGCAGCACACAGCCGUCUUCCUGUGUUGAGUUUCUCCUCUUUAGACCAAAACCAAGCCCCUUUUGUUUCUUCUAGUGCCAAAAAAACUCUCUUGAAAUUCUUUCCUCUCAUUCUGGCCCAAAUUUGCUUGCUUUGCACGAAACCGUGAUACAGCUACAGCAGCCUGAUGUGGAGGCGUAAUGAAAACAAACGGCCCCUAAAAGCCAUGAAUCAUGAGUGUCACCAUCAAAGGGAGAGGCUGAUGUUGCUCCCCACUGGGCUUCCAUAAACCAUGGAAGUGAUGGAGGAGGUGAGAACUGAUUUAUACACACAAAUGCACACAUAUACAUAGGUGUAACAAAAUGCACUUUCCUCUAAAUUUGAAUCUAAAAUAAUAAUAAUGAUAAUAAUAAUAAUAAAAAAAGCUGAGUGCUGUUUUUAAAAGACAACAUUGUUACCAAAUUAUAUACCACUUUUUGUGCUGUUGCGCUAAUCUGCAAGGUUUACAUAUUGUUUCACAGAAAUAGCUACAGAGAGAAUUUGAGAGAAGUAGACAUUCUGUUUGCUUUCGAUACAUAUCCAUGACAAACCAUUUCUCCCUUCAUUGAAGACCAGCAACCUAUCAUUAGAAUAUCCCAGGGAGGUAGCUAAUGUUUCCAGCUCCUAUAAAGACAUAUGAAGUCUUUUACAAAGCUUCACAGUAAGCACAGUGUGGUCUCAGAAGGCUCAACUUUGCUGACAUGUUAGAAGACACUUGACAUUUACAAAGAAUUUAGUUCUGGGCCAAAAGAAAGAAAAAGCAACCAAUGGGCAUUUUGUACAUAAAAUGAGAGAGGCCAGGCUCGAAGAAUCAGGGAUGAAUUUUAAGUGCAUGUCUAGGCAUCUUGCAGUAUUAUUGUUGGGAGGUUAAGAACAAAAAGUGUUAUAUGCAUCUUUGUGCUACUGGCAAUUUAAACAUUUGUUACAUUUAUUUAUUUCUCCAAAAACAUAUUAAACAUAUUAAAAUGUGCCCACUGUGAACCUCCACAAACUCUUUUAUAUAUCAGUGCAACUUGUAACAUGUCUGCUUUUGUGCCUUUUACAGCUACAUUUGACUCCGAUCUUUUGUAUACUUGUUCUUUGUUCUUGUUUCUAAUCAUAUGGACUUUUUAGGACUAUCUAGGUACCUUACUUGUGGAUAAAAGCACAACAUACAAAAGUUUAAAAGCAUCAAGAUGCAGAUAGAGCCGUCAUUUAAAAAGGAACCUGUAAUACCUGUAAUAAUACAGGUCAAAAUUUUAUUUUUCAGCAGUUCAAACAAGACUUCGUUCUCAAGCACAGAUUACUGUGGAUGUCCUAUGCAGAGUUUCCAAACUCACGCUUGUUUUUAUGUGCAUUUACUAUAGCACAUACAGGGUGUUAUACAAAAGACUGCGACUGUCACUGAUAAAUACGAAAAAAACAAAAAAUCCCUGGAGAAUCAAAUUAAAAUAAUAUUAUCCUGAAACCUUUCCUGUGGUUGUUGUUUUUGCUAAAUCUGGAGGAUGAUUAGUGCAGAGAUUUAUAAUGCUGCCACACCCUUAUUGUCUCCUGCCUUUCUUGUUAAACUGUCUCUAAACUGUUUUCUCUCCCUCCUUCACCCAAUCUCUUUUAUUUAUUUAACGAGGUCUCUGUGCCUUACCCUGGUCAUUGAGGAACACUUAAUUCCUCCAAAAAGAGAACAUGUCCAUUUGCAAUAAAAGACUUUGGGGAUAUUUAUA